GACCCCAAACAUCGACAGACGAAGACACACACGCACGCUGCAGUUGUUUUUACUUCACUGGUAAAGUUUAAAAUAUUCACAGAAAGCGAGCCCGCGAUCGUGUGACGGCUGAAGGAGAAGCUUCUUUAUAUUAUUCAGAGGAAACGCACGCGGAUCAGGAGGACGGGAAUUAUGCUGAAGAAAGUGAAGACAGGACUUGGAAAGAGGAUGGAGGAGCCAGUCCUGCAGCUCCAGCAAAAAGUUCAGGCUGAGGAGGAGAUGGCCAAGAAGAAGGAGGAGACGCUCACGCUGUACCUGCAGGAUAAGCUGCAGACGGAGCAGGAGAGAUCUGCAGUGAAGCUAGAGAAGCUGACCGACACCUGGAGGACGAUUCUGAGUCAGACCCAAGACCUGGAGCUUCGAAGUGACAUUACUGUGUUACACCAGACAUUUGAGAAGAAGCUGGAUAAGCUGAACUCUUUGAUUAAGAAACUGAAGGGUGAGCUGCAGGAGGCGAAGCUUCAGGAGACGCAGGCGCAGCAAAGCCACCUGGAUCAUGUGGAGCGUCUUUGGCUUCACCACAAAGAACACCUGGCAAGUCUGCAACAGCAAUGGAACAAAGCCCUCGAGGACCAGCAGUCCCGCCACAGAUCUGAGAGGGAGCAGAUGCUGGUCCAGAUCCAGCAGCGACGAGUCCAUCUGCAGGAUCUGCAGCAGCAAAUCCAACUCCGGGACGACAUGUUGUCUGCAGAACAGAGCAGCGAAGAGGAGAUGGAAAAGCACAAGCUCUAUCUGAUGGAAAACUUGCCUAUGUCCACUGUGGACAAGGAUGAGAAAUGCAUGACCGAUACAAAGGAGGUGAAGGGCUGUGAAGGGCUCCACAAUGUUGAUUUUGACAAGCAGAUCAUCAGAAAGCAGCAACAACAGAAUUUAAACCAGAGGAGAAAUAUGAGGCUGAAGGUUAAGUUGGAGGAGUUGAAGUCCACGGUAGCAGAGAUGGUUGUGAAGGAGCGGAAGCUGACCGGUACCAUCGCCAUCCUGAAAUACAGGUGUGGGCAGCUCCGAGAUCAGAUAAAAAAAAAUCGCAGAGCAUCCAGGAAACAGCUUGUCGAGGUCAUCAAUGCGGGCGACGCUGUCACCAAAAAACUGAAGGCCGUCGUCGCAAAGGAGGAGAGAAUGCUGCGUCGCAUCAAGAUAUGCCACAAGUUGGAGAGCAAAGUCGCUCCAUUGCUGUCACCGUGGCUGCCCAAUGACAGCUACAUACAGGAUCUCAGCGACUUUCAGGAGAAAACCAUCUGUCAGCAUGAUCUCAGCUACCUUCAGGUGAAAAUCAAUGCCGCCCUGAUCGCCCGGGAUACCCUCAAGAAACAGAGAGCCCACCUGAUCAAAAAGAAGCAGCAGCAGGAGCUGAGUCAGGACCCCGACUUUGCCGUGGUUGGACACCCGGCUCCUCUGCUUGCCUCCCAGGCCCCAGCCGUCCCCCUGUGCCUCAACCUGCUCCCGGGUCCAACACCCAACACACCGAGGAAGAGAAACAAAGAAAAAAUGUGCGAAUUAGAACAAGUGGAAGCUGAGCUGGACGCAAAGACAGACAAACUCACAUCUGUUCCAUCAUUGUGGAAGAAGUAG